AUCUUCACUUUUCACCAACCGAAAAAACAAAACGCUUUUAAAAAAAAUACAAAAAAAGAAAAAAAAAACCUCUGUCUAUGCACAGCUCCAUCCUUUGUGGCGUAGAGAGCAGAUUGAGUGUAUAAACCUUUUAUGUCCACUUAAAGUUCUUUCUUUUGUAUUUUAUCUGAUCACUUGUUUGUGUCUCUGAUUCCAUCCCGUGAAUUCGCAUCUGGAUUUGUUUUUGUUUUAAAAAGAUUUCUGAGAUCCAUUCAAUAUCGAUUGCCAUUUCUCUCACCAACCCUGAUGGCGGAUGCGGCAAAAGAUUUAGCUUCAGGGACUGUUGGAGGAGCGGCUCAACUAAUUGUAGGUCAUCCAUUUGACACAAUCAAGGUCAAACUUCAGAGCCAACCAGCUCCAACACCAGGACAACCACCAAGGUACACAGGUGCAAUCGAUGCGGUUAAACAGACCGUUGCUUCUGAAGGACCUAAAGGUUUGUACAAAGGCAUGGGAGCUCCUCUCGCCACCGUCGCUGCCUUCAAUGCUGUUCUCUUCACCGUGAGAGGUCAAAUGGAAAGUCUGCUUAGAUCUGACCCUGGAGUUCCAUUGACCAUUAGUCAACAGUUUGUGUGCGGCGCAGGCGCUGGUUUCGCAGUCUCUUUCCUUGCUUGUCCCACCGAGUUGAUCAAAUGCAGGUUGCAAGCACAAGGUGGUGCACUAGCCAGCGCUUCUUCUACCACAGGCUCAGUGGUUGCGGCUGUGAAAUACGGUGGACCAAUGGACGUAGCCCGUCAUGUCCUACGAUCAGAAGGAGGUGCACGAGGUCUGUUCAAAGGCUUGUUUCCGACAUUUGCUCGUGAAGUCCCUGGAAACGCAACAAUGUUUGGAGUCUACGAAGGUUUCAAGCGGUUCUUGGCUGGUGGUUCAGACACUUCGAGUUUAGGACAAGGAUCUUUGAUCAUGGCUGGUGGUGUCGCUGGUGCUUCCUUUUGGGGGAUUGUGUACCCGACCGAUGUGGUGAAGAGUGUUCUUCAAGUUGAUGAUUAUAAGAACCCUAGAUACUCGGGCUCGAUGGAUGCUUUUAGGAAGAUUCUGAAAGCUGAAGGAGUUAAAGGUUUGUAUAAAGGGUUUGGUCCUGCCAUGGCUAGGAGUGUUCCUGCAAAUGCUGCUUGUUUCUUGGCUUAUGAGAUGACAAGGUCAAGCUUGGGUUAAACCGGUUUGGUUUGGUUUGGUUUUUAACUGUUGUUCCGAUUUGUGGAUGUUCCAUUGAUCCUUGAUCUUUCGGUUUUUAGUUGAUUCUUUUAAAGUUUCAGCAAAAAUUAUGUAACUCUUUACACAAUUAUAUUUCAAAGUGCCGAUUUAACAGA